CAAGAGCAUUUAAUCCUUGAAAGCAUAUUUAUUCCUAAAUCUAGAUUGGAGAAGAUAGCUCGUAUAUCUAGAAUUAGAUGUGGGAGGAGAGAGUCUGUAGAUGAUCUGAAUCGGGAGAGAAAAGGAAACAAGAAAAGAACCGAAAGGCACCAACAAAGUCAAAAGGAGAGGGGACCAGGUAAGGCUCACCAGGGUUGAAGAAGACGAUGGAGAUGGAGAUGGAGAUGGAGACGGAGAUGGAGAUGGAGGAGGGAGAGAAGGGAACGGUCAAAUUGAAAUUACUUUGUUGGAUUAUUUAAUUAGAGAACGACUGAUAAAUCUUGGUGAAGGAUUGACUAGAAAGUAGAAACUAUCCCAAGGGACGAGAGAGAGAGAGAGAGAGGACAGAGCGAGCCAGAGCGAACCAGAGCGAACCAGAGCUUGAGCUUGGUCAUGGCGGAAACCGUGGCAGAUCCCCGACGCAAAGGCCUAAAACGCCUCUUCCUCGUGCUCAACUGCAUCAUGCUCUCCGUCGGCACGUGCGGCAGCCCGCUCAUCAUGCGCCUCUACUUCGUCCGCGGCGGAGCCCGCAUGUGGCUCGUCAGCUGGCUCGAAAUGGGCGCCUGGCCGAUGCUCCUCGUCCCCCUCGGGGCAGCCUACUCCCGCCGCCGCUCCGCCGAGGGCCCCACCGCCCGCCUCGUCCUCAUGGACCGCUUCCUCUUCGCCGCCGCGGCUGGUAUCGGGGUUCUCCUGGGCCUCGACAACUACUUCUACGCGUACGGGGUGGGUCGACUCCCCGUCUCGACGUCGGCCCUGCUCAUCGCGACGCAGCUGGCCUUCACGGCCGGGUUCGCGUUCCUGCUGGUGAGGCAGCGGUUCACGUCGUGCUCGAUCAACUCGAUAUUCCUGCUGACGAUCGGGGCGGGGGUGCUGUCGAUGCACACGAGCAGCGACCGGCCGGCGGGGGAGUCGAAGGGGGCGUACUUCACGGGGUUCUUCAUGACGCUUGGGGCGGCGGCGCUGUACGGUUUGGUACUGCCGCUGGUGGAGCUGAUGUACAAGAAGGCCAACCAGGCCGUCACUUACUCGCUGGUCUUGGAGAUUCAGUUGGUGAUGUGCUUCUUCGCCACCGCUUUCUGCACCGUCGCCAUGCUGGUCAACAAGGACUUCCAGGCGAUUCCUAGAGAAGCAAGGAACUACGAGCUCGGAGAAGCCCGAUACUACGUGGUGCUCGUGUGGACCGCGAUCAUCAAUCAAUUCUUUUUCUUGGGAGCCAUAGGGGUCAUCUUCUAUGCCUCCUCUCUAUUCUCAGCAGUCAUCAUCGCCACUCUUCUCCCGUUCACCGAGAUCCUAGCCGUCAUAUGCUUCCAGGAGAAGUUCCAGGCGGAGAAAGGGGUGGCCCUCGCCCUCUCGCUCUGGGGCUUCGCUUCCUACUUCUACGGCGAAUUCAAACUUGCCAAGAAGGAAAAAGAAGCAACGGCAGGGACGGUGAUUAAACCUGCAGAGACGGAAAUGCAUCAACAAGGCCUUCCCUGAAGGCAAAAGUCGAAAGACAUGGCUCAUACUUACCCAGCUGUUGUAAUCGGUCUGUCAUAAUUCCGGCCCUGAUAUUAUUCCUAUGAAAGUAACAAGAGGGCCUUCUACAUCAUUUGCGAGGUGAUAACUGUCAACUUUCAAUUGCAUACUGUCCCACAGCGUUGCCGUUAGCGAUGUGUAUUGUAGCAUAAUGUGUUGAGUCCUUUUUAUUCCAUUUUAGACAGUUGGAUUUGUAACGUAAACAAAUAUUCAAGAAAAAAAAACAGAAUUGCAAAUUGUAAUUUAGGAUUUGUGUUGCUUCUUA